ACUCUCUCGGUCUCUCACCAAGCAGAUGGCUCGCACCAAGCAGACGGCUCGCAAGUCCACGGGCGGCAAGGCUCCCCGCAAGCAGCUCGCCACCAAGGCAGCCCGAAAGAGCGCUCUGGCCACGGGCGGCGUCAAGAAGCCUCACCGCUACAGGCCCGGCACCGUCGCUCUGCGCGAGAUCCGCCGCUACCAGAAGUCCACCGAGUUGCUCACCCGCAAACUGCCCUUCCAGCGCCUCGUCAGGGAGAUCGCGCAGGACUUCAAGACCGACCUGCGCUUCCAGAGCUCCGCUGUCAAGGCUCUGCAGGAGGCCAGCGAGGCGUGCCUUGCUGCGCUCUUCGAGGACACCAACCUGUGCGCCAUCCACGCCAAGCGCGUCACCAUCAUGCCCAAGGACAUUCGGCUCGCUCGCCGCAUUCGUGGCGAGCGCGCUUGAUCGCCCAGCUCGGCCCUC